GCCCUAAACGGUAGCGGAACUGUGAAUGGAACAUAGGGAACAUUUGAGACACUGUUGACAUUAACGUUAGUACAGGUCGAGACAACGAUAAUGGAAGUCACAGAAUGAAUGAACGUAAAUAAGUCAACCUCAGUGGGAGAGAAGGACACAGGACGAUAUAUCUUCGAACGCCCGCCCCGCCGUUAAAGAGGCAGCAGAACAGAAAGAUGAGCUCACUGCACAGACAGCUGAGUCAGCUGCUCCGAGUAUGGAGGUGGAGGAGGAGGGUGGAGGUGUCUCUCUACCCAGCCCCUGGCUUUCACUGCAGCACAUACUGCUCCACCACUUCAGAACCAGUAAAUCCUUUAGAGAUCCACAAGAAGAAGCUCUUCCUGUGGUUCAGCCACCUUCCUCAGGAGGAGAAACAGUUUGGUGGUUGCUUCAGCCCAGAGACCAUGCAUGUGGAUCCUCUGAUCUUGGAAAGAAAGUUCGAGGAGAGUGCAGGACUGCUCAGCUCCCCUCUCCAAACCCAGACCCCCUUCAGCCCCUCUGUGACUGUGGAACAGCUGUUUGAACCCACCGAUGGCUGGAGUGCAGGUCGGGGGCUCAAUGUACUGCUGUACGGUGCCGUGGGAACAGGAAAGAGUACAAUGGUACGAAAGCUGGUGCUGGAUUGGUGCGCUGGGAACACCCUGACCCACUUCAAACUACUGGUUCCUUUCUCUUGUGAGGACCUUGGCCAACUGUCAAAGGCGGCUUCCUUAAGGGACCUUGUGAGCAGGAAGUACCUCCACCUGAGAAAACACCCCCUGCUGAGUGGGGAGGGAGACCAGGCCAAAGAUGUGCUGUUCCUCUUUAAUGGGAUGGAGAAGAUGAAACUGGACUUCCGGAUUGGAGCCACAGAGCUCUGCAGUGACCCUAAUGAGGUGCUGGUUCCAGGUGUAGUGGUGGUGAACCUGCUGAGGAAGUACCUCCUGCCUGAGGCCUCCAUCUUGGUUACCACCAGACUGUCUGCCCUGGACCGUAUCCCUCAGAAGUAUGUGAGUCGCUAUGCACAGAUCUGUGGCUUUAAUGACCCAGCCCGCCAGCGGGCAUACUUUACUGGCCGCCUCCUGCAGCAGAGUGGGGAAACUGUAUGUAACCAUGAUGCCCAGGCUCUUAUAGAGCUGCUUUACCUCAACCUCCAGAGAGAAAGCCAGCUGGCCGCAGCAUGCUUCCUCCCCUCAUACUGCUGGCUCACGUGUGCUACCUUACACUUCCUCCAUUUCACUGACGCCAAUGCACCCAUCCGCACACUGACUGGCAUAUACACCAGUUUCCUUAGGCUCAACUUUGGGGGUGAGGUGCUGGGCACAGGGACAGGGACAAAUGUGCCCAUUCAGGAGCACCACAAUUCUCUGAUGUUGUAUGUAGUCCGUACAGUUGGUAAACUUGCAUUUGACGGUGUGACAUACAAACGCACAUCCUUCUCAGAAAAGGAACUAGAGCAGUGGAUAGGAGGGAAGACCAAGACAGAUGAGGAGCUACGUCAGCUGGCCAUGUUCCGGACUGACGUGCUAGACUUCUUCCUGGCUCCCUGUGUAGAAAGUGGGAAGCAUUUACCAGAAGGACCCAGUGAGAAUGAUGAGAUGCGGUAUGUAUUUGCCGUCCCAGCCAUGCAGGAGUACCUGGCGGCUCUCUACGUGGUACUAGGAGAGAAUAAAUCAGCUCUAGAGAAGCUGACCAGGAAGGUGUCUGUGGCCAUUGGUCCAGCAAGUGAAGAUGUUAAUGCCCUUGUUAACAUCUUUUCUAAGUUCAUCCCCCUCAGAAUCUUUGCCGUAUUUAACCUCCUCAAGCUGUUUCCAAAGCUCUAUGAGAAAAUCAUCAGUCGCAACAAAGGCAGCAUUGCCAGAACCAUGGCAGCUGAGAUGUUCCGUACAGAGGAUAGCUACAAUGAGGAUGUCCUUGAUCAGGUGGAGCAAAGCCUCCUGGGAGUCCAUGGCCCACAACCACAGCAGUACUGUGAAGGCCAGCCUUUUGAGCUCUACCCUAUCUUCAUGGGAGGACUGUUACAUUAUGGUAACCGUGUACUUCUCCAGCAACUUGGCUGCAGCAUUAAGAGCACCACUGUGGCCCAAAUCACACGUGCCCUUAGGAAGCACCUGGUCAGACAGCUCAGCAAGCCACAGCCACCAGAGGAGCUGAUGGAUCUGCUGGUCCUUCUGUAUGAGUUUCAGAACCCAAGACUGACUGCAGAAGUUCUGGCCUCAAUAAGAUCCAUCCGCCUCAGCAACAUUCGUAUGACGCCACUCAAAUGCUUUGUACUGAGUUCUGUGCUCUCAUGCGCCCCUGCAAGUUAUCACCUUGAAGAGCUGAACCUGUCCUCCUGUCUCCUGACUCAUGGCAUGAUUCAGAUGCUGCGGCCUGCCUUCAGACACACACAUAACCUCAAUCUGCAGUUUAACAGCCUGGGUCCUGAGUCCUGCAUCCUCCUGAGAGAUCUGCUACUAGACCCCAAGAGUUCUGUUAGAUCUCUACAACUGUGUGACAACCCUCUGCUGGAGUCUGGAGCCAGCACCCUGCUUGAAAUGCUGCCAGAGAACCAGUCCCUGGCACAUCUGUCCCUGAUGCACACUGGGCUGGGGGAUCAGGGGGCCCUGGAGCUGGCUGAGAAGCUCCAGCAGCACACGGGUCUCCAGGAGCUCAACGUGGCCUAUAACAACAUUGGAGACAAUGCUGCUCUGGCUCUGGUGGACGCCUGCAGGGAACACCCCAGCAUUCACACUGUGCACUUGUAUCUGAACCCUCUCAGCGAUGUGGGGAAGCAGUCCCUGUACGUCCGAGGUGUUCCCAAGAGCCACGGGGACAGUGGCCAGCGGGUCCGGGUCCUGGCUUCAGUCACUGAAGGCUCAGACUUAUCUGAGGACUGGCACCCCAUCCUCAGUGUGAUUCGAGAGAAUGCCUCCUCCUGGGACCGCGAGCGUGUCAAGCAGCAGCUUAAGGUUUUCCUCAGUGAUCUGGAGUGGGGGCGUCAGCAGCAGCAGAGUCUCUGGAAGAGGCUGCACUUCCGUAGGGUGGAGAAAGGAGUCCGGCAGACUCUAAAGAUGCUGGAGAAGGACACUGUACCUCCACCUACAAAAUGCAGCAAGUAACCAAUAAAAACCAAGAAGUGAAGGUCUUCAGCAGCAUUUCAAUUUACAGAGCAGCUUAAGGAAUUCAAACCCUCAGCAAAGAGCCUGUAAAUUUUCCCAAACUGCAAGAAUCCUACAUAAAAUAACUGUAAUUCAGUUUAUUGCAGAAAUAUACAUUUUAGCCCAAAAUAAACAGAUUUUGUUGUGAUUUAAUUGCUAUAAAUGAAUUAAAAGGAUACUGAAUUACUACAUCAUGAUGGCGGUUUGUAAAAACUGUGAAUUCAUACGUAAGACAACAAGCAAAUUUUAAAAUGCUUGUUUUCUGAAUGGAGUUUUGAUCGGUCGGGGCUAUGCCAACUUAGUUCAUUUUGUCCAGUCUCUGUAUAAAUAUGAAGUAGUAUGCAUAGAGCUAUGGCUGCACACAGACUGAUACAAGUGGAGGUGGCACCUCUGUGGUUUGCAACAGACCAGUUGAGAAACGAUAGUGAAGAUAAAUCCACUUUUUGAUUGUUUUAAAAAUAAACUCUAGUUUUCCUCUUGCUGGUACAGCUCCAUAUCAGAGCUCCAGCUCUGCCUCCUUCUCCCUGGACUCAAGCAGCUGUCUGUGGUCCAGCAGCAGCUCUGUCUCUCUGGCCUUCCCCAUACAACACUGCAAAAGCCCCACGAUGAAAAUUAUUACUCAAAGUUAAAUACUUGCCGUAUUGUAUUGACUUUGUACAUAAUCUCAUUGCAUGAAAAAUUGGCUUUGCUUUCUGUAUUAACAGGCCAUUACACUGGUGAGUCUCCAUGGAUAAUAAAACAAUAAAACACUAGUAUGAUUUUUCUGCGCUGGCAGAGGUGUUCCAGAUGUGGCUGUGUUAUGAGUGUUCAGCUGGCACUUUACUUCUAAUGAGGAUUAACACCCUGGACCCUCAAACAAACUGAGCCAACAAAAGAAAGUGCAGUAAAACAAACAACCAUCUGCUUGAUGCCAUACGACGUAUGUCUACAGGUAUCACUUCAUAUACAAAAAGGAAUAUUAAACCAAAUGUAAUGCAAUCGUCCUCUCUAAUUCCUUAUUGGAAUAUUACAAUAAUAUUGUUCAGGGCUUGAAAUUAUAAAUAAAUAGUAAAUAACGUUACAGGGAAAUCUGAAAAUACUACCAGCAUGCUUUGGGUGCUUUACUCUCAACACUCAAAUGAAGCAGCUGACUAUAAGGAGUAAAAAGCACUUUCUAACAUGCUGGAUUAAAGUUACAACUCAUUAAAAUUAUACUAUUAAAAGUUAAGUGAGGAUAGAGAAGGAUUGUUUUUGUGUAGCAAAUGGACUCACAGGCUGAGUAGUACUUGUGACUCAGACAUGUUAAGUCAGCUGUGUUUCCCAUUAAUUCAGUAGUUUCCUUAUAGGGGUUAGGUCAAGGUAAUGGUGCUGUUUGUUUGUUUGUUUGUUUGUUUGUUUGUCUGACAGCAGGAUUCUGGAAAAACUACUGGCCAGGUUUUCAUGAAACUUGGUGGUAGAGAGAAGCAUGGGCCAAGGAAGAAACCAUUAAAUUACAGAACGGAUACGCAGAUUAUUUUUCUCCUUCAUUAACAUUGCAAGAUAGGUCAGUUGUAAUACAGACAUAUAUAGUGCUUGCCCUUGCAGAUUUGCAUAUCAUAUAAGACUGUUGGCACUGGAGGAGGUCUGUGCUCUCUGAGUGGCCAGAGGAUAUUGGAACCAAUGAUCCCUUAUUACUGUAGAAGCAGUGUGCACAGGCAAUGAUUUAUUUUGUGUGAAAUGAUUGUUAGGGAGAGUCCUGUUAAGCAGUGAUAACACAGACAGCCCACUCAGCCACUGCUAUGUACAGAUCUUACAUAACUUGGGUAGUGAAAUUAAAACCUUAGUCUGUUUGAUCACUGCUAUGAAGUCUGGAGUAUAUCAGCAAAGUAAUUACAGACAUUAAACAAUCUAUCUAUUUCCAAUCUUUAGUUACAAUAAAUGAAUACAUUUAACCGGAAUUAAUGAUUGUACUCAGUUUUUUAUGAAAUAACAAACACAAUGUAGUUAGUAACUUUUUAAAAUAGAUUAUUCAGUCACAGGGCUUUCAACUGCCUCAGUGCAUAAGAGCUUAAGUUAAAUAAGUGUUGUGCAUACAAUGUGCAAUCAACAAGUGAGCUAGACAUUUUAAUUGUAGAAAAGAGCACAGUUAUGGGAUCAAUAUUCAGUAUUCAUAGUGUAACUGAAAUGGUGUUAUAAUAAUAAAUGUCUGAUGGGUGCAUUCCUAAUGUCUUCCAGAGUUUUGUCUGCCUUGUCAUUUGGAGCCACACACAGCCACAUCUAUGCAAAGCCAUAUUGAUAACAUUAUGUUAUGUUAAAUGUACUAUGACUGUACAUUGUUGUUUUUCCAAGCACUCAUUUAUUUCAGCAGAUGAUAUAUUUUUGCUGUCCUUCUAUUGAAGUGUAGUCUGUCUUUGUUGUUCAACAGAUUAGCCUUUCUCUGAUACCUUUGAGUUGGCUCAUUUAACACCAACAGUGAUGCUGCAGUUUGUUUGACCUUGUUAAUGUGUGUUGCGUGUUCAACCUCUAUACAAUUCAAUUCAAUUCAAUUUUAUUUGUAUAGCGCCAAUUCAUAACAGAAGUUAUCUCAGGACACUUUUCAAAUAGAGCAGUGUUUGGUACUGACUGAAAUAGGUCACCAAUUAUCAAAACCUGGCAUCAAAUGUCCAGUUAGAUUCAAAGAUUUUGUUUACAAAAUGGACUGCAUUUCUAUAGCACAUUUCUGCCUUAUCAGACAUUUAUCCAUUCACACACAACAAUGGCGGCAGAGCUUCCAAGCCCAUUGGGCAGUCUUGCUCAAGGGCGCUUCAUGUUGACAGGAGGCCCCGGGGUUUGAACCACCAGCUUUGUGAUCAAUGGACAAUCCAUUCUGCCUGUGGCACAGCCGCCCCAACCUACAGUUCUUGACAUACAUUUUUAAGGAUUAAUAUUAGAGCCUAACCAAUAUGAGACUUUAGAGAAGAAUCCCUGAUUACCGUUAUGGUGGCCGAUAUAGUGACUUUUUGAGCUGAAACAAAAAUAGACCUUUUCUAUAUGACUCUGCAGAGGUAUACUGAAGGCUGCUUUCUUCAACAAAUAAUUUAUUCAAGAAUAUUUUAAAUAAUUUAACAUAUACAUUGUCAACCAGUUCUAGUUGACAUUGCUGAGAGUGGCUUCUGCUCUCUUACUCUGAUGCAGCUCAUUUUGCAACAUAUUUAAGCUUUGGGUUUUUUGUUGAAAAAACAGAAAGGCUUUGUGAAAAACAUGUUCAAACUGAGAUGUCAAAAACUAUCAGUACCCAAACUUGGGUAUUGAAAAAUAUCAGACUAUACCCAUCCUAGUUGUUUGUUCAAGAUGAAUAUCUCUAAAUAGACAGUUGUAUGAUGAUUUGGUAUAUUUUUAUUUCAGUGUGUCCCCUCAGAACAAAGUAAUGGUGAUGCAUGUUGUGUGCUAUAUAUGAAAGGAUCAGCGUUUAUGACUGAUCAGUGCUGUAAUAUUUCUACAGUCAGUGUAAUUUAAACCUGUCACAUUAAAUGUUGUGCUGCAAA